AGACUGUCUAUAAAAACCCUAGCCACCUUAUUUCUCUUCUUUGCAAAUCGAUAUCUUCAUCCUCAGAAAGAUGGAUAAAAGACCUUGCAGUUCUCAAGAAUCUGAAGUAAGAAAAGGUCCAUGGACUAUGGAAGAAGACAUGAUUUUAAUAAACUAUAUAGCAAAUCACGGAGAAGGUGUUUGGAACUCACUUGCUAGAUCAGCUGGUCUCAACCGUACUGGGAAGAGUUGCCGUCUUCGCUGGCUCAACUACUUGAGACCCGAUGUUCGGAGGGGUAAUAUAACACCUGAAGAACAACUCCUGAUCAUGGAAUUACAUGCUAAGUGGGGAAAUAGGUGGUCAAAAAUUGCGAGGCACCUACCGGGAAGAACUGAUAACGAGAUAAAGAAUUUUUGGAGGACAAAAAUCCAAAAGCAUAUGAAACAACCAGGUGAUAACUCGUCACAAAAUCCUGGACAAACUAGUACCGAUUUACAACAUUGCGGUGGGGCCAGCACAAGUACUCAAACAUCUACGACGGAAGACGGUGUCGAAAAUUAUUCACCAAUUUAUACAGCCGAUCACCAUCUUCAUCAACACCUUCACCAUAACCAUCCAAGUUUUCCCCCGAAUACAUUACCACCCCCGGAAACUAACAAUGAAAACUUUUGGGGUAUGGAGGAUUUAUGGUCUAUGCAGUUACUUAAUGGUGAUUAAGUAACUUUAAUUAAAUAAACACUCAUCAUCAUUUUAAAUUAUUCACUAAAAAGGAUUAUAUAUAUUUGGGAACCGUGAGAGGUUUAUUUAUAUAGGUGUGUUUAUAAAUAAAAACAUACAUAUGGAUAUAGUACUAGAGUUUGAAUUGCUUCGUUUUAUUGUUGCGGAAGACUUAUAUAUGUGUUGAGGCACCUGUGUGUAAUACAAAAUUACAUGGUUCGGUAGCUACACUAAGUAAUUUACUAUUUUAUAGGGUUAAUUUUAUUCUUUUGGUUAGAGAAAAAUUGCGUGUAGUCGAGAUUUGAGCUCAAAACCUCGCAUUGUUAUAGGAUUAGGAAUAAAAUAUGUAUCCUUAUAAUGAAUGGAUGAACAAGAUCUUAACUGAAAAUAACAUAAGCAAUUGAAUGAUUAAAAGGGAAAUUCA